CAGCAGUCCCGUCCAAACCUGCAGGUCCGCCUCGGAGCAAUCAGAGCGCCGGUUCACCUGUUCACCUCCAGCCGCCUGGUUCCGGAAAACAACAACAACCAGGCAAACCGGUCAAAUAUGAGCGACGCUGUUCGGCGGCGCGGCGUCUGGAUGCCAUAGCGGCUCUGCAGGACAAAGAGGGUCGCCUUCCUUCAAAUUACGAUGCAUCUCAUCGGGGUGGUCUUAAUUCUGGUCGUGACGGGAAUAGCAAAAGGCUGGGAAUGCAGCGCGGCGUGCAGCUCAGAAAAUGGGUUUUGUGAGAAGCCGGGGAAGUGCAGGUGCAAACCCGGGUGGGAAGGGGAGAACUGCGACCGCUGCAUCCCGUUCCCUGGCUGUUUGCACGGCGCGUGUGAGAAAGCGUGGCAGUGCGUCUGCAGAGAGGGCUGGGUGGGCAGCCUGUGCGACCAAGAUACUCGCCUGUGCUCGUCCAAGCCUUGUCCCAGUAAUGCCACCUGCAUAGAGAGAGGAGAGGGCGGCUACCUGUGUGUCUGUCCCCAGGGCUACGCUGGAGAAAACUGCCAGAUGAAGCAGAGACUCUGCCUUCUGAACGGCUCUCCUUGUCAAAAUGGAGGCACGUGCGUGGAGGCCGGCGGCUCAGCAGCCGACCCUUCCUGUGUAUGUCCUCCUGGAUUUUCCGGCGCCCUCUGUGACAUCAGCGUCGGCAGCUGCCAGCCGAACCCUUGCCUCAACGGGGGCAACUGCACGGACCACGGCCUGGCCUUCACAUGCGCCUGUCCGCCCGGCUUCACCGGCUUCACGUGCAACGACACCAGCAGCCUCUCCGCCUGCGCGGGCGCGCCUUGCGCCAACGACGGAACGUGCGUCGGUCAGUCCGACGGAACCUUCCGCUGCAUUUGCCAGAAAUGGUUCACGGGUCCCACCUGUUCCCUCCAUCACAGACAGAGAUCCAGGACCAGGCCUGCCAGUACCAGACCAGUGGAGCACAGAGGAUUUGCCCUCACCCCGCAGCACUACUCCCUCCCUGCCCACGCCUUUCACAAGCUGCUCAGACCGCCGGAGAGGGACUUGCUGAAGAUCACCCUGAAGGAGUCGGUCCACUCCUCUGGCGUCCUCGUCACCCACGGCCAGCUCAUCUGUUUCGGCAUGCUGGCCUUGCUCACCUGUCUGGUUAUCUUGGGCACCACUGGAAUAGUCUUCUUUGGCCGCUGCGAGACGUGGCUGGCCAACGCCAAGUACAGCCAGCUUGUUCGGCAGCAGCGGGAACACCUGCUGAGGGAAGCUGGCAGCGCGAGCCAGGAAGAACCGGAGCACUCUGUAAACAUCAUCCUGCCAGAAAAGAUUAGACUCUCCAGCUUCGGGAGACACUACACCUCCAUCUGAUCAAAACGUCUCCUCCUGUUACCCGCUCCCUGCAGAGGGAGCCCCAACGAACGUGUAACCCAGAAUGAAGCACUGUCGUGCAGCGCAGACUGGGCUGAAUGUAUCCUGCACUGGACCAACGGGAACAAUGUUACGUGAAGCUGUAGAUGUUCAUCAGUCAUGCUAUUAAAAUCCACUGAAAUUGUGCAGAAAUUCAGAAGAUGUCAUUGUGUGGCUUAUCUUUACCCCUCUAUAACCACUCGUUUCUUUUUGUGCUUCUAGAUUUUUUUGUAAGCUAUUUUACUUUGUUUAUAAAUUAUGUACAAAUUUAUAAACAAAAGUUUUAUUUCAGAAUAGUCUAGUUGUAAACUGGUAGUGAUCAUUCCAGACAAAAAGUGUAAAAAUUUCUGUUACAUGACAACCUAUGUGGGACUUAUGAGUUUUAAUUUACUAAUAAUUGGUGAGUUUGUACAGUAAUGUGCAGUCGAUGUGUAUUAUGGUUUUUGUUGCUUAUAAAUUUACAGAACAAUGUAUCAGUAAGUUGAUUCUUUGUUGGAUAUUAGUCCAGUUUUUAUGCACGGAAAGUAAGGAAAUGUUUAUUUCUUUAAAACAAAGUUUCUUGGCAACUGUAAAAUUAUUGGAAAACUUUUAUUUCCCUUUAAAUGGUGCCACGUUGUUAAGGAAAGUGGAUUGGACGGGUUGCACCCAUUUAAAACUAAAAUUGUAAAUGGAUAAUUGAUUCAUUUGGUUGGAUGAUUAAAGUUUAGAUUUGGAUAAGAGUGGA